UUUGCUCUAUUUUGUUUAGGUUUUGUGUUUCAGGGUUUUGUUUACUCCUGAAAUAUAAAGAAAGUUUUGGCAUUUCUUGUUUUUAAUUGAAUUGUUUUGAACUUUGAAUUCUUUCGGAUAAAUAAAAUAUCGCUGGGAAAGUGAGAUGGCGUUUGUUAGCUACAAUCUUGACCAAUGUAGCUUUUGCUCUAACACGUGCAACGAGGAAUUUCGCCACGCGCUUGUCCCUACUCACCAUCAAGAGCAGAUGUUAAAAACCAUCCUACAGAAAUUUAGUAGUUUCACUACUCAGUUAAGCAGUUAUCCAACGUGCGACAAAUGUCACCAAGAGCUCAAAGCCGUCCACAACAUUCCCGACAGCUGCUUCCUAAUUGUGCCCAGCGUCGAACCGACUACCAUUAAGAUGGAGCCAGAGUUAAUGAUUGAUGACCACAAGCUCUUGGAUAAUGGUAACAUUUUUAAUACUGAUCCAAUUGAACAGGAAGUCGGAACGCAAACCAAGGAACAAAAUGAAGACUUCGCCGUCAAAGGACGGAUGAAAGACCACAUACGGUUACACACGGAUGAACUUCCCUGUCCGGAUGCGUUUAAAACCCGUUUCACGCUUCAAGCGCACAUUAAAAUUCAUAAUGGUGAACGUACCUAUUCUUGUCCACAAUGUCUGAAAGCUUUUAAUAAAGCUUCAAAUCUCAAAAAACACAUUCGGACUCAUACGGGUGAACGUCCUUUUCAUUGUUCGCAGUGUCCAAAAGCGUUUAAAAAUUCGUCAGCGCUCCAAGAGCACAUUAGAAUUCAUACGGGUGAACGUCCCUAUUCUUGUCCACACUGUCCGAUGGCUUUUAAGAAAGCUUCAAAUCUCAAACAACACAUUCGAACUCAUACGGGUGAACGUCUCUUUUCUUGUUCGCAGUGUUCAAAAGCGUAUAUAAGUUCUUCGUCCCUCCUAGAGCACAAACGAACUCAUACGGAUGAACGUCCCUAUUCCUGUCCACAUUGCCCGAAGACUUUUAAUCAAACUUCAAAUCUCAAUCAACACAUUCGAGCUCAUACCGGUGAACGUCUCGCUUCUUGUCCGCAGUGCCCGAAAGCUUUUAUGAACUAUUCAUCGCUCCGAAAGCACAUUAGAACUCAUAGGGAUGAACGUCCCUAUUCUUGUCCACACUGUCCAAAUGCGUUUAAAACCCGUUUUACGCUUCAGGCGCACAUUAAAACUCAUAAUGAUGAACGUCCCUAUUCUUGUCCACAUUGUCCAAGGACUUUUAAACAAUCUUCAAAUCUGAAAACACAUAUUCGAACUCAUACGGGUGAACGUCCCUAUUCUUGUUCACAGUGUCCAAAAGCGUUUAUGAGUUCCUCAGCGCUCCAAGCGCAUAUUAAAACUCAUACGGGUGACCGUCCCUAUUCUUGUUCACGGUGUCCCAAAACGUUCAAUAGUUCUUCAUCGUGCCGAAGGCACAUUAGAAAUCAUAGUUGUUGAUAUAGACUAUUUGAGUACAAUGACACAUUCAGGAAAUUCCAUUCCAUUCAUUCGAGUUGAACGGCAUCAGUUCUGUCCACAUUGUUUCAAAACGUUCAAGGAACCCAAAUAGCUGCAGAUACACAGAAGCUAGUAUUUCCAACAGAUGGUAUGACACUAAUGUGCGAUUCACAUAGCACGUUACGGAGAAGAACGUCUACGUUCCGUCAACGUCUCCACCAAUUCACACAUGCAGUCAAUGCUUCCACCAGCACCGUCACGUCAGAUGCCAAAAUGAUUUAUUUAAUUUUAUUCAUGGUGUCGCAACCUACAACAAUUUUAAAUUGCAAUGCCCUCUUUCAAAUCAGCAUGCCUAGAAUCAGUUCUAAAGGCUGAUUUAGACGAUGCCAGUCAGCGCUCUAGUUGAAGUAUCCAGUGAACAGAGAACAGACACUCUGUUCAAGUUACUUGUACCAGUAUCGAACAAGUAAUUGGCCUCUAACUUGAACAGAGUGCCUGUUCUCUAUUCACUGGAUACUUCAACUAGAGCGCUGACUGGCAUCGUCUAAAUCAGCCUUAAAUUUUGAAAAAUUCAAUGAGAAUCAUUGAAUUUAAUUAUUCAAAUGCUUAAACCCCGUAGUCCGACCCUUAUGCAACAAUAAUAAUAAAUAGAAUAAUUCUUUCAACUAGUCGCGAAUGAUUUUCACUCCGAAAUUUGGAGCUAAGAGAUAUGUUGGCAUAAAAAGUACAGUAAGUUACUAAUAAAGCGAUACGCUGAGGCACCACUCAGUGUCGCAUUGGAGUCGGUUUUGACCAGUAAUUGGACAUUUGCGACUGGUGGCGACUUUCAAUGUGGGGCCAUAAUUUGGGCCUCGAACUCAAUGUUUACAAAAAUGUCCAACUAGAGGUAAAAAUGUCUAAUUCAACGUGUUGCAUCACAGAUCUGUUCAAUUAGCUUAAUGUCGAUGUAGAUGUAAAUUACUGUACAACCAAAUCAAAACAAAAGCCGAGACACAAAGCCCAGACAAAAACUAUGGAUGGGUUAUACCCAGCCGGGUGCUAUGAUUGAUGCUAGGAUCGUUAGCAAAAUCUUAAGCAGAACUGUCAGUGGGAUACCCAAUUCAUAAGAAAACAAAGGGAAAAUGUCAGUGGGAUACCCGAUAUGUUGGCUCCUGUCAGUUCAAUGGGGGUUCUCUAAAGACGUCACCCGGCUGGUUAUACCCAAGAUGUGUGGAAUAAAGGUGUGACUGGGUCGUCAAUAAGUGCGCGAGGGGAAACGGUAUAACUAUACAGAGGAUUGUGGGAAGGGAUUUGACUGCAAAUAGAGAUGUCUAAAUUUUUCGUUUAUUCGAUUAAUCGUGGGGUCAUUUUUAAAUUUAAAUUUUUAAAUGUCUUUCAGUAUUCGAUUAAUCGAGCGAAUGUUUAUUUCUUGUAAUCAAAACGAACAGUCAUUUAUAAUAAAAAAAAUGAUGUCAUAAUUUUAAGUUACAUUAAAUAGAAUUUUGAAAUAAACAUGGUACAGAAUAAUGGGUCUUGAAUGAAAUGGUAUUUCAGUAUAUUAAUAAAUUUGCCAUUUCAUGAUUUUUGAAGGACGAUUGAAAAAAGAGCACACCAUGAAAAUGAUCCAUAAUAUUUUUAUUGUACCAACAUAAAAUGUUUACUGUUCAAAAUUACCUAUUCUUCGAAUGUUGUUGAAAUAGCUGAUUUGUGUGUAUUUUUCUGCUUUUUCCCUAUAACUACUAGUUCUAAUGAAGUAUAUUUAUAGAACCAUUGACCACUAGUAUGGUAUAUUUUCCUUGGCACCCGAAGUUUGAAUACUACUAUUUUAGAACGGGAGUUGAGACCUCCUUCUUCAAGUCCGCAUGUUACUCCUGCAGACCCUGAAUUCUUCCCAUUUUUAUGCUUCAACCGUAAAUGGUUUAGCAUAUUCGAUGAAUUUCGACGAAAUACCGACGGUUAAACAAAUUUAGCACUGUAUUUUUUGAAAAAAAUAUUCUCUUUUUUAUUAAUAGCGAUUACUUUAAUUAUUAUUCGAUGUAUUCAUAUUUAGAUUUUUCAUUAUUUAAUACAAAAUUACUCGAUUAAAAUUUCAGAUAUUCGAUCAACAAUCAACCGACGUCUCUAAUUGCAAAACGCGGGAAAAAUAUCUCCAUCACCGACCGACACCGAGAGUCGAUUUAUUCUCUUGAGCUGAAACAUAUAAUAAGAUAGAGUAUAUUACAAACCUAACCAUAACCGUGAAAGACUUACCUUUCAACUUUUCAAUGCUCUUAUUGCCACCAAAACAAUUCCAUACACAAGAAGCAAAAAAAAAAAAAUAUUGCAAAAUAUUGCAGAU